AUGACGGGCACACACAGCAGAAGCGCUUCGCCAGAGCCUGACGAGCUCGACGAUUACUCUGAGGAUGAGGAGCACACCGCGCCCGACCAGCUCGUCUCGAGGGCAAAGGCGCUCCACGACCAAGUGCGCGUGGCGUGGCGCCGCAUUCUCGAGCCCGACUUUCUCGACCCCGUCUCCGAGUACCACGAGCUGGACAUGCAGAUCCUCGCCAUCAACCAGGAGCUGGAGAACGCCGUCACGGACCAGGUCAAGCGUCCGCUCGUGGAGAAGCGCGAUCGCCUUAGACGUGAGCGCCAAGAAACCCGUCGGAGCAAGCUCUCGCAAGAAGCGGUCGCGCUUUACGUCGAGGCCGGUCACCUCCUGGAGACGCUGCAAAACCUCGAGUGGAGCGCCGACGUCCUCGAGCAACUGGCCACGUACCUCGAAGAUGCGUACGGCGUCGAGACCGACGGCUACAACGUGCUCGAGCACCACAGCAACCAAGUCAAGCAGACUCGCCGCACCGCCGUCGCCGCUCGCCAACAAAAGGACACAGCGCGGCGCUUGGCCGCCGCUCGCCGCAGGGCUCAGCAGGCCGGUACGACGCCAUCGAGGAGACGGCACACGUUCCAGCAACAUUCUUCGCGCUUGAGUCAGGCGCACGUGCCGUCGUCGUCCCCCGAGCACGACGAGGCUCAUGCGCUCGGCAGGCGUCGGGCGUCGAGAGACGGAGAUUUCCGCCGAGCGUGGCUCUACUUCCAGCGCGAGUACUGA